AUGAGGCUAUCUUCAUGCCGCCCUCCGUCAGCCUUCACCCCGAUCCACCUUGGACUUCUCUCUUUGGGUUCAUCAAACUCGCCAUCGUUCAGUUACCUCGCACAUCGUCGUUCUCCGAUGGUAGACACCUCAGGCGCCCGGACGCUCGCCGAUUUGCCGCAACAGUUAGUCUUACAUAACCACCUACAUGACAACCUCUGUGGACUCUUCCGGUCAAUGAUCUGGACGCGCUAUCACCGUUGGGGUUUCGUCGUGUAUCGCUGCGCAUACGGCGACGAUGAUCUAUGGAACCGCUACAUCGAACAACUUAAGAAGAACGUCCACGACGAGCUGGUGCACGCUGGUCGGGCCGAACUCCUCGAGCAAUACCUCGAUUGGGUCAUCAUCGAGGAUCGCGACACCCUAAACAACGCCUCCAAGGCAAAUGUCAGAAAACACUUCAACGACUGGGUCUCGGAGCAGGUCGCCGAGGCAGGCCUACAACCCACCAGCCUCCAAAUGAUCACCCUCUUUAGGUACUGUCUGUACAUCGAUCAGAAGUGCCUCGACACCCUUGAAGCCUUCCAGAAGUCUGAGGGAGAACCCUUUGCGCAAGAUCCGAUCAUGAUACACUGGCGGCCACCGAUGGUACUUGUUGUCGUCGACCGCCUCUGGACGCGUAGUCUGAAAGGCGUUCCUAAGAAGCAAUGGGGACAUCCGCGGAUCGAGGGUAGCAGCAAGCACUACGUUGGAUGGUUCUACAAGAGGGCACUUUCUAUGGUGGCCGCUUACAGCGAUGUCUCUGCCAGUUGGGAUGAGGAUCAACCUUGGGAUUACGCGAGGCCGCCCGCCAUCAGCCCCAUUGGCGAUGAGUGGAUGCCGGAGUAG